GACACAUCCAUCUCUCAUUCUCUGCUUCUUCUCUUCUCUUAAUUCUCUUUUAUAACUUACUUUGUUUCUCGUUACAAAUAUUUGUAACAGGAUGUGGUCGAUGUUGGGAGGCUUACAAGUCAACAGAAUGUGUUUCACUGGUGCGUUGUCGUUCCCUUCUCCAACAAUGAGUCUUAAUAAUGAAUUCGCAAAAUUCGUUACGACUAAGAAACGUAAGUUAGAUGAGAACGAAUUAGAGAGCCUGAAUACAGAAUCUCCACGUCGUAAUGAAUUCGCAAAAUUUGUUCGAGGUGAUGGCGAGAAUUCCAGCAGUCCAAACCAAGAUGCAACUCAUGCAGUUCUGCUGGAUCUGCAAAUGGCCCACAGAUUAUUCGAGCGCCCUCUAACCAAGAAGCAAUUUGACAAGCUCAAGGAUGAUCUACAGCCAUCUCUUCAAAUUCGCCUGAAGCAACUAUUAGAAUCCAAACAAGCGUGCGAAGAUGUUCUUGAAAUGGCUGAUUCGGCGUAUGUGUUGAUGCUUUUAAAUUCUUCAAAUCCCAAGGGCGAGGAAGCUAGAAGGGCAAUAAUGUUGUUCCAAGAAGGGGAGAGACUGAUAACCGAUGGUCAACACCUGUUAAAAUCUGCCUUUCCCGACGUGUUUACUGCCACCGACUGAUAUGGCCGGCCAUCCAGUCCCGCACGCUAGUAAUUCCUGAAUCUCCCAAUAACAACUUUUACUUCUCACUUCUCUUAAAUUCUUCAAAUCACAACUAGGAAGCAGUUGGCUAGAACGCUGGCAAGGCAAUAAUGUUGUUGCAAGAAGGGGUGAGAAUUACAAGUGAAUCUCUCAACUUGUUUACUGCCAUCGACUGAUAUGGCCAGCUAUCUAGUUAUGCACGCUAGUAAUUCUUGAAUCUCUCAAGAAUGCUUCUACUUAUCAUUUUAUCCGCUGAGCGAGGGUGUAAUGUCUAUUAGAAGAUAUAUGAUAUUUUUACGGCUUUCUUAUGAAAUAUUUGUGAAAUUGGCAGUUAUAAAAGUAAGUAGGAUAUGGAUUUAUGCAA